AUGCGGACCCACCUGUACUCUACCUUCGUGGACCUGACGAAAGCCUUCGACACGGUGAAUCGUGAAGGACUGUGGAAGAUUAUGCAGAAAUUCGGCUGUCCGGAGCGAUUCACUCAGAUGGUGCGUCAGCUGCACGACGGUAUGAUGGCGCGAGUCACGGACAACGGUGCUGUCUCAGAGGCAUUCGCAGUGACCAACGGAGUGAAGCAGGGCUGUGUGCUGGCGCCUACCCUCUUCAGUCGCAUGUUCUCUGCCAUGCUGAUGGACGCCUACCGCGACGAACGCCCUGGAAUCCGCAUCGCCUAUAGAACGGACGGUCAUCUCCUGAAUCGCCGGCGCAUGAACUUCCAAUCGCGUGUAUCCACAGCCACCGUGCACGAACUCCUCUUCGCCGACGACUGCGGUGUAUCCACAGCCACCGUGCACGAACUCCUCUUCGCCGACGACUGCGCCCUGAACACCACCUCAGAAGUGGAGAUGCAACGGAGCAUGGACCUAUUCUCCGCCGCCUGCGAGAACUUUGGGCUGGUUAUCAACACGCAGAAGACGGUGGUGAUGCAUCAGCCGCCUCCCAGCUCAGCCACAGCCCCCAACGCGCCGCAAAUCAACGUGAAUGGGACUCAACUGCAAGUGGUAGAGAACUUCCCGUACCUGGGCAGCACGCUCUCCCGCAACACCAAGAUCGACGACGAAGUCGCCAACAGGAUCUCGAAAGCCAGUCAAGUCUUCGGUCGUCUCCAAAGCACAGUUUAG